CAGCAUGAAUAUGCGCAUAAUACUCUUUUCAAUAACACUGCUAUUAUGCAGUGUGUAUGUGUCUCAAGCUUAUGAAGACACUAACCUCGAAGACGAUGAUUUUGCCGAGUUUGAGCAGUUUGAGGCUGACGAUGAUGCACCAGGAGAUGAUUUCAGUGAGGAAGACGUGCCAGUAUUGAAGCCAAAGUUAACUGUUAAUAAAGAACAGCUUGAAACAAAUAAUGAUGCAGAUGAUAUCAUAGUUGAGGAUGAAGAUAAUGAGUUUGAACAUUUCCAAGAUCCUGAGGAGUUUGAAGGGUACCAGGAUAGUACUCCACGAACUGCAGAGCAACCUAAAAUAACAAUCACGCAGGUACCAAUAACGGUACGUCCAAGAUGGGAUGCGUACUGGUUGGAAGGGAUCCUCUGCUGUUUACUCGCUGCCUACGCACUAGCGUAUGCAAUCGGACGGGCCAAGAACACCUCUAUAGCCAUUAACUUCCUCAAGUUGCAUAAACCGCUGCUCGAUGAAAACUUUACUUUAGUUGGUGAGACAGGCCUUGAUGUGGUAGCUGCAGACGAGCGUGGCUGGAGGAGAGAAGCGGAGCAUUGCUUCACCAUGUGGUGUAGCGGUCGGCAGUGUUGUGAGGGAAUGUUGCUAACACUUAAACUUAUUAAGCGUCAAGACUUAGUCCACGUUUUGCUAGGUGUAGUCAGACCAACGCCAGACACACUAUUAAUUCGAGUAGAACUCGGCAAAGAUGACAGCGAUCCCUUCGUUCUCUGCGUCGCGCAAAAGAAGAUCGCCACACGCCUCGCUAAGGAAAUGCAGGACUUGAGCAUGUUCUGCCCGGAGCGGCGCGCGGGCGACAAGCACGGGCUGCCGGCGGCGCUGGGCGUGCUGUCCGAGUGCGCGGAGGCCACCGCCGCCGUGCUGGACGCGCGCGUCACUACUGCGCUGCAGCUCUACCACACACACGUCAACUACAUACACGUGUCCGACCGCUACUGCGGGCCCAAGCAGAUGGAAGAGACAGUGGCCACAAAGCCUCCAGAAACAGAGCGGGUCUUGCUUGCUAGUUUCUCAUUGGGACCCGACGGAGGAGGUGAUGAGGUUCGUCCGCUGUUGCUGCUCAUAUUCUACUUACUUGACAAGAUCAAGAGGCUACGGCUUAGUAAGGAGGCUCUGUCGAAAUGCGAGAAACGACGUGUCAAAGCGGCUGAGGCGUGGGUUCGAGGCUGUCAUGCGGCUCGACAAGAGCAAGCGGCUCUGAGGAGAGAGGAGAAACGGAAACAGGAGAAAGAACGCAUUCUGGCUGAGGACGAUCCAGAAAAACAGCGUCGCUGGGAGCUCAAGGAACAAAAGCGUCAACAAAAACGCAAAGCGCCGAAAAUGAAGCAGCUCAAAGUGAAAGCUCUUUAAAUCGCAAUAAUGUAAUUUGUUACAUGAUUUAAAUGUUGUUUUUCCCUACCCUUAAGUGUUGUUCCUACUGUCUUGUGAAUAAAUGAGAUCCUUUA